AUGCACGCCCGGUUGAUCCAGUCCACACGCCAAGUCGCUCGCCUCGCAACCGCAGGCGCACGCAUCGCCGCGCCCAAGCCUGCCGCCCUCCCCCGCGCCAUCCCCUCGAUCCGCCUCCUCACCCAGUCCGCCUUCCAGCUCUACGACCGCACCUCGCACGCGACCGGCGAACAGCCCGGCCACAUCCCGCUCGGUUCGUCGGCCGACUCGCUGCCGACCGUCACCGAGGGCUCGCCCGAGUUUGAGGAGAAGACGGCCCGCACCGUCUUUGUCGGCAACAUGAGCUGGAGCGUCGAUGAGCAGUGGCUCGAGAGCGAGAUCACCAAGGCCCUCAACGUCGAGGACCCCAUCACCGCUCUCCGGAUCGCAAAGGACCAGCAGAACCGCUCCAAGGGCUUUGCCUUUGUCGAGCUCAAGGAUGUCGAGCUUGCGCACCAGCUCCAGUCGCUGAUCGAGCCCCUCAACGUCGAUGGCCGCGAGCUCAACAUCUCGCAGGCCAACCGGCCCGUCAACAUGGUUGCCCGCACGGGCGACGGCCAGUCCCGCGGCCGCCGCGCCGACGGGCCGUUUGAGAUCCGCCCCCCUCGCUUCCCCCCUUCGUCGACCAUCUACGUCGGCAACGUCGCUUGGUCCGCGGACGAAGUCACCCUCGAAGAGACCUUUGGCCAGUACGGUCAGAUUCUCCGGAUCUUCCAGCCCAAGGACCGCGAGUCGGGCCGCGCGAUCGGUGUCGCGUUCGUCGAGUUCGAGAACGUCGACGAGGCGACUGCGGCUGUCGAGGCAGGCCAAAGGCGCAUCAACAUUGAUGGACGGACGGUCCAGAUCGACUUUGCGUCGGGCAGGAAGGACGGACCCGCUGGUGGACGCGGCGGAGGACCUCGUGGCGGUGACCGCUUUGGUGGCAGGCAGGGAGGCGCGUCCCGCGGCGGAUACGGAGGACAGGACCGUCGCGCACCGUACGGUGGCGAGCGUGACUCGUUUGGCGGGGGCGAGCGCUACUAG